AUGGAAUUUACUGAAUGAACUGAUAUUUUUUCUUUCUUUCAAAGGCAAGCCUGCCACUCGUAACAUGGCGGGCGUGCUGAAGCAUCGUCUCUUCGGGUAAACGAGGCCAGAGCGGCAUCUCAUUCCUCUAUGUCUAUGGUUUUAUUUAAGGUCGGUCAAAGUUUCCAGGGCUGACCUGCUCGUAGCGCCUCAAACUAUACUCACUAAGUUAAAGUUUUCCCAUGAUGGCAUCACGGAAUAUUUCUCGGUUCUGGGAAUGGGGACGGAAGAUCAUUUGCGUGGGGAGAAACUACGCAGAGCACGCAAAAGAGCUUAAAAACGCCAUUCCUACAGAGCCUGUCCUGUUCCUGAAACCGCCAUCUGCAUAUGUGAGAGAGGGCUCCCCCAUCCUGGUGCCUCUCUACAGCAGCAACCUGCACCACGAGGUGGAGUUGGGGGUGGUCAUCGGCAAAGGGGGUACAGCCAUUCCCCAGUCCGCCGCCAUGGAGCACGUAGCGGGGUACGCGCUGUGCUUGGACAUGACAGCCCGGGACAUCCAGGACGAGUGUAAGUCCAAGGGUCUGCCCUGGACCCUGGCCAAGGCCUUCAACACCUCCUGCCCUGUAAGCGACUUCAUCCCUAAAGAUCUCAUCCCUGACCCGGGCAAGGUCAAGUUCUGGCUGAAAGUGAACGACCAGCUUCGGCAGAGCGGCUGCACCUCGCAGAUGAUCUUCUCGGUACCCUAUCUGAUCAGCUACAUUAGCGAAUUCAUCAGCCUGGAAGAAGGGGAUCUCAUCCUGACCGGGACCCCUAAAGGGGUCUCCGCCGUGCAGGAGCACGAUGAGCUGCAGGCUGGCAUCGAGGACGUAGUUACUAUGAAUUUCAAAGUGGAGAGACCAGAGCACUAGGAGGGAGAAAUGCGCUAACUGACUGAGAGAAACCAGCAGAUGGCAACACUGAGCCACAAACUAUGAUUAGUUUCCCUAAUUGGGAUUUGGUUGAUUUAGAGAUUGCUGCGUGAUCAGGUUAAUCUAAGCCUGACUCUUAUUAUCUUCUAUUAUUUUGUAUUGUUAACUGAACUCAAAUCUGGGUCAAGGAUAUAAAAAUCUUUUAAUGGACGAUGUAUCAGCAGAGAUUUAAAAAUGUUGACACACACUUUGAUAAAGUGCUUUAUUACAAAGAUUCAAUAUUUGAAAUUCAACUAUAAGUAAAAUUAAUAUUUUUUUACACGUGAUUUAUUUUCUGAUUCUGAGAUUGUUUUUUAAUUUAAAAAAUGUUGAUGUUUGUGGCAUGAAAUUAUUUUAGGUAUUCCUUUAAGUCACUUCAAUACAUUUCCAUUCCUCCAAAUAAUUUGAUGCUAAAUUUCUAGAAAAUAUAAAGAAAUGUGCUCAUUUUUACAUAGUUAAAAUUGAUUAAAACCGACACUGUCCAGCUUUCUAAUCCUACGAUCAGACAAAGAUUUUGAGAGAAGUGGCAAAAUUCACCUUUAAAGCAACAAAAUUGUGGCUGAAGAUAUUAGUAAAGUAUGGACAGUCUCCAGAUUUCAUUCUUACAGUACAUGUGUAGUGAGAGCUGAGGCUCUGAGGUGCCAAGCUGCUGCCAAAAACCAUGAAGGAUUACAGGAUGGAUAAAGGAGUGGGCCAAAAUCCCUGAUGUGUGCAAACCUGGUGACCAACUAUAAAAAACAUCUCACUGCUAUGCUUGCCAAUAAAACAAAUUCUCAAA